GGGGGUUCAGCAAGCGAAUGAUUAUGAAUAUAUAUAUUCUUCCCUAACAAGACGGACUAUGCUGUUCAAGUCGGGAAUUCUACACCAACAAAUCCUGUCUCGACAGCCACGGAAGAUCCCUUCACCAUGUCGAGCUCCACCGCCUCACAACCCGCCUCCCAGGAGCAGGAGCCGCGGCUGCGCAUCCGCGCCCUGCUCCCCAAGCUGUUCCUUGGUGACUACAGCACCGGGCCCCUGAACUCCCUCACAGAUGUCCCUGGCGUCAAGGUGCACACACAGGAGCUCUUCUCCCCAGCUGGCACAAACACGGGUGUGACCUGUAUCACCCCGCGGGACUCGUGGUUCAACAGCGCGUGCUACGCUGGCAUGUUCACCUUCAACGGGUCCGGCGAGAUGACUGGCUCGCACUGGAUCCACGAGACAGGACUGCUGCACUCUCCCAUCAUCCUAACCAACUCGUUCAGUGUAGGCGCCGCUUACGAGGGCAUUUAUCGGUAUGCAGUCGGCAAGAGCACUAGUGGGAACAUUGACUGGUUCUUGCUCCCUGUCGUCGGGGAGACAUUCGACGGUUACUUGAACGACAUUGCUUCAUUCGCCGUCAAGCCAGAACACAUUGUCCACGGCCUCCAGAACGUGAGCAGUGAGCAGGUGAAGGAAGGCAACGUCGGCGGUGGAACGGGUAUGAUCUGUCAUUAUUUCAAGGGCGGCACAGGAAGUGCGAGCAGAAUUGUCGAGGGCGUGGACACGGAGGGCAACAAGAAGGAAUAUACGGUCGGGGUUUUAGUUCAAGCCAACUAUGGCAAGAAGCCGCAUCUGAGGAUUGGAGGUGUCCCGAUCGGCCGAAUCCUUGCGGAGGAGGAAGCCGAGGCUGCCAAACAGGAUGAGCAGAGGAAAAAGGCGAUGGAGGAGCUAGACAGCGAGAAGAACCGAAAAGAUGGCAGCAUCAUUAUCGUCCUCGCCACUGAUGCGCCACUCAACCCCACACAGCUGCAGCGCAUCGCGAAGCGGGCCACAGUUGGUUUGGCUAGGGUCGGCGGCCAUGGACAUAACCCGUCCGGCGAUAUCUUUCUUGCAUUUUCGACCGGUAACGAAAUCCCUGUACAGACAGUUAGCAGCACGAGACGUGUGGUAGACCCUUUCAAGCCGAGGCCGUUGAACGUGGAGGUUAUCGAUGAUACUUCCAUCAACGGUCUAUUUGAGGCUGCUGCAGAUGCUACAGAGGAGGCAAUAUACAAUGUUCUGUGUAUGGCGGAAGAUCUAGUAGGCUACAAGGACCGGAAAAUCGGUGCCUUACCUCUGGGCAGGGUCAAGGAUAUCAUGGAGAAAUACUUAUGAGUCACUAACGGGUCGUAGCAACAAUCCUUUGCACGGCUUCACGACUGCAGGUAAUCAGUCCAGACUUUCGAUUGGGGUUCAAUUGGGGUGAUAUAUUCACAUUCCGUUUCCGGAUCUAGCUCAACAUUCUGAUGCUAUUUAUUUUAUUGCUAGCCACUCUACUCAUACAGUCUAUGCAACUUACACGACUCAUACGAUUAGUGAUAUUGCGACCGACUGUGAUUUUCCCCCCCGACCGCAGUCUGCACGAGCCUGAAGGUCUGGGCAUGCAGAGCUGACUUCACAGAAGCAGGCUUCUAGAACACGAGAAAUAAGCAGAUCAUCAUGCCUGGUGGUCUGUUACAUUGAAUAGCAGUCGUCGUCCUUUAUUUCGGCGGUUAGCGG